CAUUUGGCCAUUGGCUCUUGAACGAACAGCAACAGGAAAGCGUUCCUCUUCUCCUUCGUGGAUUGCAGCUUAAUUUCUCGGUCCCGUCUUCUAUUUUUACAGGCUAAUAUACCCCUCUACGUCUUAUCGUCACCAUGAAAGCCGUUGCCGUCGCCUUCGUUCUUGUAGCAGCAGCUGCCGCCGCCGCCUCCGUGGUCCCUGGAAUCCGCCACAGGAGGGACAGCUUUCCAGACCUCUUCGAGCUGCCCUCCAACGCGUCCCUGGUUUUGGGCAACAUCGUGCCCGGCUUCGACUGCGCCAACCUCCCUUACGGCUACUACGCCGACACGGCCAACGGCUGCCUGAUCUUCCACAUCUGCCUGCCUUACAUCAACUUCGGCGACGUCAUCACCAGGCAGUUCUCCUUCUUCUGCGGCGAAGGAACGAUGUUCGACCAGGAGCGUCUCAUCUGCGACUUCCCCGAGAACGCCCUGCCGUGCGAGCAGGCCGAUCAGUACACCUACGUGAACGAAUACUUCGGCCGCACUGACAGGAAUUUCUUGGAAUAAGGCUUCCAGAUCAAACAUUCCUCGUAUGAGGGCUCCAGGUUAGCUCCUCUGGAAUGUGGAUUACAGCUCGGUUUCCUCCGUAAGAAUUCCAGCGUUCCAAGCCAGCACUCUUUUAGACUUCCUGACCGAACUGGAUUUGCUUUCGUCUAGUUUUCUAACGUACGUUGUUCCUGGAUUCAACCAACUUAUUUCCUUGGUUCCUUUAUUUGUUUGUUUGUUUGUUCUUUGUUGGCCCUUAGUCAAGUUAGUAGAAGAGCUUUGCUUUGCUUUGCGUAAGUGUUUUACUUCAAAGAAAACAGCGACUUCACAAUUUACAUAAAAUUUGCAUUUAUUGUUAUAGUUACUUGUUGGAAAAGUUGAUGAUGACUUAUGUGAUAUGGCCCAAUAGAAUUACAACUUUAUGUAUAUAAUUUAAAUAAAGCUGUUAUGAUAUUCUGAUUCUUGGAGGAAUUCAGUUAGUCAUAGCCACUGAAACAAAAUUUGAUACAGAUAUAAGUUUUGUUGUUAGAAGAUUUUAUAUGUGAUUGUUUUAUAUUUUUUACUUCUUGUUUGUGUUUGUAACUGUUACGGUCUUUUGCGUUUCAUUUUUUUUAUGAUUUCCACUCUUAUGAAUUUAUUCUGCUUCUUGUUGACUGCAAGUACAAUUUUUUUUAAUUAACAAUAAAAUUACUAUAAGCGCAAAACUAUUUUUUGUCUCCUU